AAAAGUUUGCACCAAAUAGCCGCCGCCCAAAAUAGGUCUUCCCCAAAUCGAACCCUCAUCCACACUGUCCUCUCCCACACCAACGCCGCCGCCCCCGCCCCCGUCCUCGUCCGCCUUAGAUCUCCACCGCCGACGACGACCCCCAUCGGUGUCGAUGGCGCCCGGUGCGUCGAGGUCGACGUCGCCUCCUUCCAUAGUCAUGCGAGGUCGAAUCCUCGGCUCCCUCCCUUCGACACCACCGACGGUGUGUCGAGGUCGAUCCGUCGAUGUCGCCCCCCUCUCCCGCACCAGACCCCACGGAGAAGUCUGAGCCUCCUCCAUUGGCCUGCGAGCGUGGCGAUGACAAGCGCUAGAGGAACCGUUGCUGCUUGGCUCCUCCACUGUCUCAGGGUGGUCGCGCCACCACCAUGCUGUCGCGCUCCGAUUCUCCGCGGCCCUCCACGGCUCGGCGCUGACGAGGACCGACGGGAUCCCCGCCACUGCUUCCUCCACCCAGCGGCGAGAGCUGUGCCCGCUCUUCACUACGCCGGCACACCACGCUGCUCAGAUCCGUCAUGGUGGAAACCCGAUACAGACACCUGCGGGUCCACAUCCUCCAUGUCCUCUGCAAUGAAGCAACAGAGCAUCUACCCUCCGCAAUGUUCUUCCCCUGGAUCAAUAGCGCUGCCUCCUUUUCCCCUUUAUUUGUCAGGUUUCCCUACAGAAGUUGAUGGGGGUUUCGAAGAUCUUCAAGCUGCUGAAGAUUUGGGAGAUUCGGAAGAUCUUUAAGCUGUUGAAGAUAUGGUAGAGUGAUUAUGCUUUGUUUCUGGAACCUAUACACUUGCUCUGCUCAUUUUGCCGGUUGUUAGGCCACAAUAUGCUCAUUUUGGUUGUGUGGCACCCCAGAAACAUAUGUUCUUUUGUGGCACACAUGUAGAAACAUAUAUGUAUUGUACCUUUUGUGGCACAACCUGCUUAUAUAUAUAUGGUUGUUAUGUUAAUUUAUCGAAUUGACUUUAAGGUUUUGGAGUGAAGUGUAUGAAUGAGACAUGUUACUUUGAUUGAA